AUGGAGAAUCUAACUAACCGACCCGUUACAGCUUGCUACUGCGUGAAACCUGUUGGUGCUAUCUCGACAUAUCCUGGAUAUGGUGGAACAGCUGCUCCAAGUACUACUGCCCGACCUUUUAAGGAGACUGAGUCAACCGACCAGUCUGGUCACAAUGGCACUGACCCGCUUGACCGUUUUCCGUCUACGGAUGACAUUGUUCUAAUCGCAAACGGGACACGAUUGGAUUGCGCUGCCUACUACUGGACCCAGGACACUACCGAUAACCUUGCUGCCGAUUGCUGGGCACUGACGGGAAUCUACAGCAUCACACCCGAGGAAUUUGUUCUGUGGAACCCAUCUCUGGCCGACCCUAACAAAGCCGAAGCGGAUCUUGACGCAGCGACACCAUCAGUCACGGGCAUCAUGACGUACAGGAAUGACUUUGCCUACCCGUGCACCAUCUCUUCGAGCGUCUCCUACUGCGUUGGCCUCUCACCAGCUACUACCUCUGCUGCGGCAGAGAAAGUAAUUGAGACCCCGACCCCUCGCGCUGGAGGAGAGGCAGCUAAUUGUACAAUGUGGUUCCUCAUGAGACGUGCGGCCAAGUGCAACGACGUGAUGGCUACUUAUGGCUUAGAAUUUGGAGAAUUCUACCAAAUGAACCCAAGCGUCAAGUCGGAUUGCACAGGGCUGGUCCUCGGGACCUAUUAUUGUCGGUCGACCUAUCCACUUGGUGAUGCAGUGGGAAUACCGGGAUGGAGCUACUCUGAAGGGGACGACUCUACGACUCCGUCAGCAACUGCAUCAGCCCCAGAUACGUCUGAGACCGGGGCUUCGGGCACAAAAUCUGGCACGCCGUCUCCUGUGCAGACUGGUAUACUCAAGACGUGCAACAAGUACCACAAGGUCGUCAAGGACGACACUUGCUAUGACAUUGCCCAGACGGCCAACAUAGAGCUUAGCACAUUUUACAAGUGGAACCCGGCUGUGAAGUCGGAUUGCUCCGACCUUGAACUGGAUUCGUAUGUUUGUAUUGGCUCAGCUUAG